CAGCAGGCCUCAGGGCCGCCCAGGCGGUUGAUCCGUCACGUGAGUGGCUUACGGGCGACAGGCCCUCGAGUGUCCUAUCUUUGGGUACCUGCCCCAAGAUUCCCUCUUUUCCUCGUGUCGGGCUUUUUUUUUGCAUUUCGCGACGGUGCUCCAGGGUGCCGAGUCCAAAAGCCCAGCGGUCAUGUUUUAGGCCAAUUCCACACGAUGGAUCAGCUCUCGUCACAGGUCAGCGAUCUUCGGUCGUUCCUAGAGCCGGCGGCUCCGCCCGCGACUGGAUCUCCCGCCGCACUUGUGUCGCCGCGCGACGGAGCCGCAUAUUCUUCCAGCGGUGGUGGUCCACUCCGUGCCAGCGCCAGCAGCACUGCCCAGACGCGCCAGACCCGCGAGCUUUCCGCGCCCGGAGACAAUUCCGCACCCCAGACCCCUGCGAAGCGGAGGGUUACCGAGGACUUCGACGGCGAUGACGCCGACGGCGCCGCCUCGUCCAAGCUGCCGAAGAGCAAGCGCAAUCGAUACAUAUCAAUCGCAUGCAACGAAUGCAAACGGCGUAAGAUCAAAUGCAACGGCCAGGUCCCUUGCCAGCGAUGCGGCCAUCUCAACCUGCAAUGCCUCUACGCACCAAACUGCUGCUCCAACAACUUCAAGGACUCGGACGAGUUCCGCCAGGUGACUGACCAGGUCAGUCACCUGCAGAGCCAGGUCGACACCCUGUUCAGCAACAUCGACUCCCUACGCCAGGAGGCCUUGCGCCUCGCUCCCAUCCACGAACGCGUAUUGCCCCCGCCGUCGGCCACCGUCACGCCUUCGCCAUCCACGCCGUCCCUACCUUCGUUGCCCAAGCCGCUGCCAGCCUUCCGAGUCCCCCCCUCCUUCAGCGGUCCGACCAGCAUUGCCUUCACCGUCGACGUCGCCAAAAGCACGCUGCACAACAUGGGAUAUACCAGCACGGGCGAUGGUAACGACGAUGGCAACUUUCAGCCCGAGCAAACCCCACGAACUUCUCCCACAUUUCAGCCACCGCCGCAAUCGCCCGCGCAGACGUCGCCUCAUCCACUGUGGGAAUAUGGCAGGGACGAGGUAAUACGUCUCUGCAGGCUCUACGAGGAAGAGGUCGGCGUCAUGUAUCCCGUCAUAUCCAUCCGCAACGUCAUCGAUCACGCUAUAAACCUGACGUCAAGCAUGGAAUCCGUAAGGCGCAACGGCCAAAUACCGCCACAUGGCCCGGACUUUGACGUAUCGGACCCCAGGACUCUGCUGUUGAUCAUCAUCAUGUGCUGUGCCCUGGCCGUCGAGGAGCAUGGCAACAGCGCAAAAGCCGACCGGCUGUAUGACGUCAUACAGCCCAUAAUCGACAGGCAGUUGAUGGCCGAACCCGCCGAGGUUGCCAGGCUACCAUUCCUUGCCUUGGUCGGGGGGUAUAGAUUCCUUAGUAAUGACGAGGUUCUUGCCUGGCGUGUCAUGGGCCACGUAGCGCGGCAUUGCCUCGAGCUAGGCUUGCACCGAAGGGAGGGGCUUGAGAGGAUCUCGAACUUGGAGGAUCGCAGGAACGCACUGCAUACCUUUUGGUCAGCGUAUGUGCUGGACCGUAGAUGGAGCUUCAGCACAGGCUUGCCGUUUGUUUUGCACGACGACAAGAUCGACCCCAAGCUUCCAUACCCGGAACGACAUCCGUUCUUGGAGGCAAUGAUUAGCUAUUCUAGACUCGCGGCCAAGAUAUGGAUGCUCGUCGACUACUUCGAGCCUGCAGUCAUCCGGGAGUUGAAGCCAGGCGACUUUGAAGAUCUCGACCGCCAAAUACAUGAGUGGUAUGACAGCAUUCCGAACGAGGUCAAAACAGAUCCGUCGGACAAGAACUGGAUACCGAUCCUGCCUCCAACCGCCGAUAGCAUCCACCGGCUGCGGAUCUGGACUAGGUUGCGAUUGAACCAGAUACGCAUUUGGCUAUACACGCCCGUAUUACACAGCGCCAUCAGCAUUGUCGAGAACAUCGCGCUCGCCGAAAGAGCGGUCGAUCUUGCCAAGGAAACGAUCCGCUGCCUUGCCCAACUCAACAAUACGACGAAUCUUUACCGUAGGAUUCAGAUCUUCUACCACCAGUUCUUGACGUCUUCGAUUGCCGUUUUGUUCCUCGCAUCCACCCAUGCUCCGUUGAGAUUUAGCGCCAACUGCCGCGACGAGUUCUACAUAGCUCUCGAACUUGUCAAGGACAUGUCGGGGCGCUCAUGGGUUUCGCAGCGCUUAUGGCAAACAAUAAGAUCGCUGAAAGAAUACGCGCCUCGUCUCGGGCUAGAGGACAAUGUGCGCAGUGGUGAACUGAUAAGCCCACACCUAAAUUCGGCCCACAUACACAGCGCUGGCCACAGCAGCGCCAGCGCCAGCGCCAGCCAGAGUCCCGCGCCAGGUCUGACGGCCCCCUUUACCAGGGAGGCAGGCCAGGCGGGGAACGGAGGGCCACGGUACCCCUCUACUCCAAGCGCGUCCCAGGCCCAUCAAAAGGCUGACGAGGACCAGAGCAACGGCCUGCGGUUGCGGACCGAGAUGUCACGCAUCUUCGAAUACAUGGGCACGAAGGUUGGACCUGACAUACCCCAUAUGUCAGAGUCGAUGCACGACCACACCAUGUCUACGAGUCUUCCGGGCCCUAAUGAUGGAGCUUAUGGUAACAUGCAUAACAAUUAUAUGGCGGACGAAAGUGUUUACCAGCACCUGAAGAACAUAUUUUAGCUUAGUGGGAACUUUAAUAUUGGCGACUCAAAUCUGUUCCUCCAUCUUGAAGCGCGGCGCAGUUGCAAUGUCCAUUCUGCCGAGGUGUGCCGCAGUUCUGGCCCGAGCAAUGGCUGAAAUUAGGUUGGCUCGCACAAUUCACGGAUACGGGGCUACAAGGCUCUUCAACUGUGCCCACAGGCUCACAG